AUGGCGUCUCAAACACCAGCCGUUGUCAUGGACAACGGAACUGGUUACUCCAAGCUUGGAUUUGCUGGUAAUGAUUCCCCCUCCUUCGUUUUCCCUACAGCAAUUGCGACCAAAGCCGGUGCUGGAACCGCCGCAAGCUCCGCGGGCUCUCGGCCACCUGUCGCCAACAAACCUUCAUUCUUGGGCGGUGCUGGUGGAUCAAGCUCUCACCUUUCUGGGAAGCGUGGUACCGAAGAUUUGGAUUACUUCAUUGGCGACGAGGCUCUAGCUGCGGGCAACGGCCCCGGAUAUGGCGUCAACUACCCCAUCCGUCAUGGACAGGUUGAGAACUGGGACUACAUGGAGCGAUUCUGGUCAAAUUCGAUCUUCAAAUAUCUCCGUGUCGAGCCUGAAGACCACUACUUCCUCCUCACUGAGCCCCCCCUCAAUCCUCCCGAGAACCGUGAAAACACCGCCGAGAUUAUGUUCGAGUCCUUCAACUGCGCUGGUCUUUAUAUUGCCGUGCAAGCCGUGCUUGCUCUCGCCGCCUCCUGGACCUCCUCCAAGGUUACUGACCGCUCACUGACCGGAACUGUGAUUGAUUCAGGUGAUGGUGUUACUCACGUUAUCCCUGUCGCCGAGGGAUACGUCAUCGGUUCCUCCAUUAAGAGUAUCCCCAUCGCCGGACGAGACAUUACAUACUUUGUGCAAAGCUUGCUUCGUGACCGCGGCGAGCCAGAUAGUAGUUUGAAGACGGCGGAGAAGGUGAAGGAGGAAUACUGCUAUGUAAGCCCGGAUAUUGUGAAGGAGUUUGCUCGCUACGAUCGCGAGCCAGACCGUUUCUUGAAGCACACCGUGACGUCGCCCAAUGGCCGCAGCGUGUCGAUCGACGUCGGAUAUGAGCGCUUCCUCGCCCCGGAGAUCUUCUUCAAUCCCGAAAUUUACUCCUCCGACUUCUUGACCCCACUUCCCACUGUUGUCGAUGGUGUCAUUCAGUCCUCGCCCAUUGACGUGCGAAGGGGUCUUUACAAGAAUAUUGUCCUGUCCGGUGGUUCCACCCUGUACAAGGACUUUGGUCGGCGUCUACAACGUGACAUUCGCCACCUCGUGGAUGCCCGUAUUCGUGCAUCAGAAGCUCGCAGCGGUACUGGAGCCCGCUCUGGUGGUCUGGAUGUUGCAGUUGUUACACACAAGCGCCAGCGGCAUGGUCCCUGGUUCGGAGGCAGCCUGCUGGGUCAGACUCCCGAGUUCCGAAGCUACUGCCACACCAAGGCCGAGUAUGAUGAGAUAGGUCCUAGCAUUGUGCGGAGAUUCGCUCUGCUUGGUGGCCCUGGAAGCUCUUAA